GUCGUUUAGUCGUGUCCGAGUUGUUAGGAGGCCUCUAUUCUCAUCACAGAGCUACAAUUCUCAGUGAUUUAACAAUCAAUUCCUCCUCCUGCGGAUCUCUAAAAAUGCUAAGCAUAUUUACUACUGUUAGAAAAUAUAGCCAUGACCAGUAGCUCCGAGCAAGCUUUGGUUGGUCAGGAAGCUUUAAUUUCAUCUUGAUUUUCAUUCAAACUGAAAACGUUUCAUUCUUGGAUGAGUUGGCUGAUGGGCAAUGCUAAUUUCCACCAAGUGGGUCAGACAAAACCUCAACAGGCCACCUCCUGGUUCAUGCCGGGGUCAGGGCAUCCCUCCUGCUGAGGCUGCUGCCGUUAACAUUAUCUUAGCCUUCUAAGUAGAGGGGCUACCAAAUCCUCCAUCUGGACCCGCUUUUUCUGCUGGGAGAAACAGGAACCAUCUCCAGCUAAUCCCCUGUAAUCCCCUGCCACGUGAUAUCCUUGCAAAGUGCGUUUGGAAAAACAUACUGUCAGAAUCAUCUGCUGGUGGUGGUCCUGGGAAGUGAUGGGAAUGGAAUGGUGAGAGCGGGAGGCCAGGCAGGGCCACCAUGGACUGCCUGCAGCCACACCAGAAAAAGGCAAAUCAAAGUAAGUGCACAUUUUUCAUCUCUGUCUUGGGAGGCAGGAGGUGUGCAUGUUUAGCAAUCUGCGCACUCCCACUGUAAAUGAGGACCAAAGCAGCCCAGUGGACAACACUUUGCCUCCACUUUCAUAGAACAGCAGAGCUGAUGUGCCAGCUUAGCUUGUAACUCACACUGUCCUGGGGCAAACCGCAGUCUCUCUGCCUCAGUCCUCCAAUCUGUGAAAUGGGAAUUGUUAGAUGGCCUGCCCUUCUCACAGAGCUUUUGUCAGAAUGGAUGAGAUUCAGCUACACUCUGCUUCCUAGUAAUAGUAGGGCUAUAGAAAUGGAAGUCCCUGUGUAAGAAAUGAACUGAAAACAAAAUCCAGUUUUGUAAUAAAUGAACUGGUUAACAAAUUUUUGUUGUACUAUGGGGAAAACUGCUACUUUUAUCACUAGGGAACUGCAAGCAUGCCUCUAAGCACAUGCUAAACUAGAUGUAAGGUUAAGAUUGCCAAGUGACCCAAAUAAAUAAAUAACUGGCAUGGACUGCUCCUGUUCCUUUAAAAGUAACCCUGAGGAGGAAAAAUCAGCAGAAUAAGCUUUUCAGGGCAUGGCAAUAAAUAUAACCACCUGCUAAUAGCAGUAGACCAGUUUGUUAGAGGCAUAAGAACAGGAGUUGGUUAAAAAAAGUUACUAAACAAAAAAACAUCCUUGCAGAAGGGGUAUAAUUGUAGUCUGCCUUCAGGAUAGGAUAAGAUUCCCCCCUAUUUUUUGUUACUGGUUUAUGAAUUGAAACAGUGUUUAUCAAACUGCGGACCAGGGACCAUCAGUGGGCCUGGGCCUCAGCACUGGAGCCCGUCCAGUGGUUUGUCACUCAGCCACCCUGCCCCAAAUUACACCAGCAGCAGGAGCUCCCCACAUGUGUAGUAGGAGUGGGAACUGGGUGUUGUACACACUGUGCCUUUAAACAAAGCCAGCCCCAGACAUUUUGGCACCUGAGGUGGACCCCAAAAUGGCACAGUGUCCUCCACUGUACAGUACCUGAAAUCAGCAGGCUGGCCUAGGGGGUGCUGAGCCGGCUGUGGAGCAGCCAAAACUCUGUCCCCUCCAGCACCUCAUUGCCAGAGUCCACAGACACCAGCAUCUGCCACCUGAGGCAGCUGCCUUGCUCUGCCUAAAUAAUAGCGCCGGCCCAGCCCUAGUUUCCAAAACUGCUCAUGCAACCGGUCCAAAAUCAUGAAUGGGAGCAAGAUUUAAUUAGAUAAAGCAGCAGUUCUUGGGUUGCAUUUAUCACAACAGUACAGAAGUGCACCUGCAGUUAGGAUGGACGCAACUUACCUGUUCAUAUGCUCUUCCUAUGUAAACACGGGGGAUCAGCAGCUCAGCGCCACUUGGACAGAUAUACCUUCAGAACCUGCAAAAGGCAGAGCAAGCAACAGAUAUCCAUUUGUGAAGGUGGGUCACUCCCAGCCGACCUGCUGACUUAGGAAAUUCAUCCUGAUUUUGCUUGCACAGAGGAAGAAGAGGAAGAGUUUGGAUUUGAUAUCCCGCUUUAUCACUACCCGAAGGAGUCUCAAAGCGGCUAACAUUCUCCUUUCCCUUCCUCCCUCAAAACAAACACUCUGUGGGGUGAGUGGGGCUAAUAGACUUCAGAGAAGUGUGACUAGCCCAAGGUCACCCAGCAGCUGCAUGUGGAGGAGCAGAGACAUGAACCCGGUUCACCAGAUUACGAGUCCACCGCUCUUAACCACUACACCACACUGGUGUAGGGUUGCAGGGAGAAUAGACAAUGCUGGCCACUUAUUUAGCAUUUGUUCCGACUUGUUCACGAUGUGACAUCAAGCAAAUGUUACCCCACACUUUCCAGUGCAUUUACUCAUCACUUUUCUGGUCACUAAAAGCUCCAAUUGGAAGUCGGGGUGGGUGGGGAGAGCAGGUUUAUCGCACAAGAGCACCAAAGCAACUUUAAUUGCACUACCUGAAUUUGCUGGUGUGUGACUGAAUCCCACCAGAAAACAGUGAAGUGGAAGUGCCCACAGACAAUAAAUAUGAACAAACUGUUUUCCGCUUCUCUUGUUCCCUUUAUUUCUACCUCUGAAAUUCCAAAUUAGCUAUAAAAAUAUUUAUUGAUGUUAUUUUCAUUUCCUAUGGGCUUUUAUUUUAUUUUUUUACUUAAAAAACACUUUAAAUAACAAAUAAUUUGAGAAAGGGGUGAGAUAUUAGUGGGCAGCAGUGCUUCCCCCCCCCCAAAAAAAUGUUUAGGGGGACUCUCAUUUUCCUACUCAUAUUGAACUACUGCCCCUCAAUGAGACCAAACUUAGAUUCACAAAAUGUUUAGGUGUAUGCGUACCCCUGUGUCCCCCCAGAAAAAAACCACUGGUGGGCAGAAUGUGCAGAAGCAUAGUUAGGGAUUGGCGAAACUGCUCUCCCCAGGGUACAAGCCCAGGGGGAGCCACAAAAAUCACCUCUCAGGCAUUGGAGUCCUCCUGAACCUGCAGCCACCUUGCCAGCACCUGCUUUGCCUGAAUAGGGAAUCUGCCAGGAUUUCCAGCUGCUGCUGCUGCUGCUGCUGCUGAUGGAAAGGGGUCUUUGGAGCAUCUUCCAGGCAGAGAGCAGCAUGGGUGUCCCCAUCUAGCCCCAAGGAGGCUCGUUCCUCCUGUUCAGACAACCUCGCCUGUUUCUCAGAUUCUUUUUGGGGGGCAGGAGUUUCUCCAGUACAGCUCCUUACCAAGGGUACAAGGGACCCUAGGUACGCCUCCGGGAAUAAGUGAUUCCAGGAAUUGUCACAGAUCCCCCUGGUACCUAGACUUAGCUAUGUAUCCCUGUGAAACCAACAAACAAAUAAAAUCCUUCACUCUUGUGCCAGGUUCUGUUCCCCAUCCCGUGGCUGAAUUGAGAGGAGAAGGAUGAAGGAAGAGACCAGCAUUCCAUGGAGAGAGGAGGGUUUUGAGGAUCAAUGUACCUACAUUGUGAAGGACCAGCUGUACGAACCACACGCCAACCUUCCGCGAGCACAGGCCUCUUUGCCCCGGAACCUGGCCUUCCAGCGCAACAGCGACAAUGAGGUAAUGCCAGUGGCCAGCCCAGCAGGGCGGACCUUUCAUUGUAUGGUCUCCCGGACUGAUUUGCACCCCUUCCUCUGUCCGCACACCCCAAGCGACACGGGAUGGGGAUGGAAUUUGAUUCAGUUCGCAAACCUACCUAAUUCCAAAACAAUCUGCAAACUGAAAUGCAGCCAUCCUUUGCAAUGCACACUUUUUCAAACUGUGCAAGGGCAGUUCUCCUGCCAAAUAAUGUAUGCAAAAAUGCAAAUACCAGAGUAGGGGUUCCCAAACUGUGUUCCAUGGAUGACUGCUUCAUUCAGGUAGUUCCAUGGCAUCUUUGUAAAAAUACAAUGAGAAAUCAUACAGCACCCCUACAAUUGCUACAACAGGCAGAAAGAUCAUUAAGUGGCCUGCCUAGACCCUCAGGGAUUUUCAGAUUGUCUGUGGGGUAGGGGAGAGAGAAGUAUAGGAACCAGUGUACAAAGUAAAAAUGCUGAUUAGUGAAAACAGCAUCCAAAAACGCAUCAUAUUAAGGGAGCUUGUUUUGCAAAAAUGUGUGUAUUGUGUAAAAUUGCAUAUAAAAUGCAUAUAAUAGGGGAAACUCGCAAAAAAAUGCUGAUGAAUUUUCACAAUAACUUUUUUAAAUACACACACACACACACACACACACACACAUCACAAACUGAUGUGGAAAUUUGGAGAACUGAACUUAUACAAAUGAGCAACUGAGAGAAAUCAUAACUGACAUAUUCACCCAUCCUUGCAAGAGACAAAGCAAUCCCUCCUCAUUCUCUUCCAGCUACAUCCCGGCCUCCCUCCCGCCCACCCACCUGGCCAGCUUCGGUCUGACCAUCCUCUGUGACCUGGUCUGCACCACUGCCAGCCUCUACCAUUUCCCCAGCCCCAGCCCUGAAUGGGUACAGACUGUGGCAGGUCUUCACAGGACUGGCAGAAGAACCGUGUCUGAAAAUCCCUUCGCCUAGGUUUCCGAAUCUUUAGCAGGUGCUCCUUGCACAGUUGUCAUCUUUUUCUGACUAUGACUGCUGGAAAGGAAAGAGGGCUCCAAGCAUUGUGGAAUUGACUGUAGGCAUAUGAGAUGCAGAGUUAACAGCCUCUCUGCACACCCAGCUUCCUCUCGCCAAAGUAUGUGAGAGGGGAAGGGUGGUGUAGUAUUUAAGGAGGGGUCACAAGUGGGUUCCUCACCCGCAGCUUGAGCCCAGCUUUGCAUGCUAGCAGCAUAUCAGGCAGUGUGAGUCUCACUUCAGUCUGCAUGCUCCAGGCAAGCUACCCCUUCGGGAGAGCCAGAGCUCAGUAGCAGAGCAAGUGCGUUGCAUGCAGAAGGUCCCAGGUCCACUCCCUGACAUCUCCUGGUUGGCUGGCAUCCGCCUCUCUCAGGAGACAAUGGAGGAAUGUGCCUUUGGGGGUGAAGUCAAACAGGAGUUACAGCUCCUGCAGUGGCUGUAAAGACUGAUACGGGAGAGACAUGUUUUUUGCAGCUGGGGCAGAUGAAGGCGUUCGGUUGUGCUGAUGAAGGUGCACCAUUGUGUUUCUUCUUUCUGUGCUCCUCCCUGUCUGAAGCCCUGGAGAGCUGCUGCCAGUCAGUGUAGACAACACCAACUUAGAUGGACAAAUGGUCUACGUAUAAGGUGCCUUUUGUGAUGGCCUGGGACUCAGGCUCGGACUCGGAACCAGAGGUGACUCAGUCUGCACCGGAUCCUUUGCCUCAGGCAUCAUCUGAACCAAGUCUGGGGCCUGAACCUGAAGAGUCCCAGUCUGCACAGGUUCCCCUGCAACAAGCACCAGCUGGGCCGAGUCAGGGGCCUGAGCCUGCUCUGGCUCCAGAUGCAGGGAUUACCUCGUUGUCUUCAGCUGGGCCAUCACAGCUGCUCCACUACUGGUUUGGUCAGGGGAGGCUGAGGCGGCCCCUGGGUCUAGUAACCCACUGACGUCUCCCGAGCUGCAGAGACUAAGGUCUGAGAGAAGGAGAGACCUGAGUACUCGCAGGAGGAGUGCUCGCCUUUGGGUGAAACAGGGAGGUGAGUCGCCGGGGGAUCAGGACCGGCCGCUACCCCAACAAAGAUAAAAGGCUGUCGGACCCCACCCCAAGUUGCGGAAGCAACAUUGCUGUAUACUAGAUCCUGCCUGAGAUCCUGUACCUGUCCUUGCCUGGUUUCCUGCCUCGUGUCCUGCCUCGGCCCUGUCGGACUGACUCCCAGUGGAACCUUUGGAUUCUGGACCAGUCCUGGACUGCGUUUCACGGGUUACACCCGGGCCCAGCACACCUUUUUCUUUCUUUCAUAUUACCACACUUUUCCAUUUACACCAGGGGUGUGCAACUUACCUGUUAAUCACCUGACAUUGCAAUGAUCUUGGGUGACCCAUUUUCCCCUGCCCACGUGGUUUAAAAUCCAACCACACAGGCCAAGACACAGCACAGCUUGUCAUUGGUGCUUGCAAUAACCUAUAUUCUUGCAAGCACUGGUAAUUAUGAAGGUGAUGAUUUUAUUGCUAUGCUUUCAAAUACACUGGGGUUUUUUUUGCAAGCACUAUCAGAUUUAUAUGCCUGUGUUUUCCUCCAUAUUAGAAGGAGCUUCAAACAGUUUUUAAAUGGUUGCAAAUGUUUUCUGCGGAUUGGGGAGAGGUGUGUUGGUGACAACACAGGACACUGGCCAACUGGCCUCCUCCAAAGCCUGCUUUUCCUGAUCCAUGCAUGCCAACAAUUUGUCAAAUGGGGUUUUCAUAAAUCACCCCCCACAAUUCCCCACUGUAUUUGUGGAUACAGUAGACUGCUUCUUUUUACUGAAGGCUGUGAGGGCUCCUCAGAGCUCUGCAGAUAUUACACCUGUCUUGAACCUGAAUUCAGGUGCCCAACCAGGAAGGCAUGGAAAUCUUUCUCAGGAUUUUGUCUUGCCUUCCCUGCAUACUUGCUGCUCUUUGUGAUGCUGCGGUUUGCUGAUUUUUUAAAAAAAACCCUCACUAGAGCAGCCUUGGCCAACCAGCACAUGCUGUCUAGAGCUGAUGGGAGUUGUAGUCCAAAGCAUUUAGACGGCACCCUGUCAGCGAAGGCUGGGCAAAAGGAAACAUGGAGCCCUCCCUGUCCCCACCCCUGCCAAGGCUGCAAUGCAGAGGCGUGUGUUUUCCCACCUGUGAUUCUUAAAACCGACCAACCCCAACCGCAUUGUCUCCAAACACAGAGAAAAGGCAUUUGGCUAUGUUCACAACCUUAAGAAGCCACUAGGGGGAAGCAUAAGCUGGAGAAAAAAAAGAGGGCAGGUUUUAUAUUGGUUAAGCAAUCUAUGCAGAGGGUAAUACAUGGAUUUUUAGAAUCCAUACAGGGUGCAAAUUUCUUUUUUGAAGUGGCUUAACUGGAAGUCCCUCUUCCCAGGGAAUCAUAGCUCUGGGAAGGAAUAGGAGUUUCCUCACAUCUCUAAGCACCCUUAAGAGACUACAGUUCCCAAGAGGUUGGGUUUUUUUGAGAAGCCGUUACUGUUAAAAGUUGUACGGUACUGCUUUAAAUGUAUAGUGCAGAUGGGACCUAUAGCAUAGAUGUGCUGUGGAAAGGAAGUGGGAUUAGAAGUAGGUAUGCACAACAAAACCCGACAUUAUAAUGAGUCGGCUUAUUGUCAACGCUGAUUGGCAGUGGCUCUCUGUAGUUUCAACCCAAGGGUCUUUUCCCAGCUCUGCCUGGGGUUUGAAACUGGGGCUUUCUGCACGCAGAGCAGGGGUGCUUUACCACUUAGCCAUGACCCCUCCAUCAGCUUUGCUUCUUCUGUCUCGGUCAGGUCAGGGAGGUUGACAAAAAGAGAGCCAGCAUGGUGCAGUGGUUACAGUGAUAGCACAGGACCUGGGAGACCAGUACAAUCAAUUGUACAAGGGAACUUUCAAACUGCUAGAUUGGCAGGAACUGAGACAGAGCAAUGGGAGCUCACCCCAAGAGGCUCAGUGGUUUAGACCACAGUGCCACCCAUGUCCCAUGCAGAGUAGAUACUUGUAUCCCAGUGCAAGUAGAUAAAUAGGUACCACUGUGGUGGGAAGACAUGCUGGCCACAUGACUUGGAAAGCUGUCUGUGGACAAACGCCGGCUCCCUUGGCCUGAAAGUGAGAUGAACGCUGCAACCCCAGAGUCGCCUUUGACUGGACUUAACAGUCCAGGGGUCCUUUACCUUUACCUUUCUUACAAGGGAACUCUUCUUCCACCAUGCAGAGGUGUUAAUCUAUUUAGGUUUCUGGAGCAUUACAUUACAAGUCUAAAAUAUUAUGUUCCUGGUUUCUCUUUGUGUGCUCAUGUGCAUGAGUCUCUCCUGCCAUAAAAUAUGUGUUUAUAAAAUCAGCCAAAUAUUAGCAGGUACAAAUGAAGGACAUGAAGACUCAGGCCUAACUUGAACUGACAUAGUUUUGGUGCUUCUGUAGGUAAUAGCUGUGAUCAGCAGAGAGUAUAUCCCGCAAGGAACACGCUUUGGGCCGCUGGUUGGGAAGAUCUACACCAGAGAGAAUAUCCCCAAAAACAUGGAUCAGAAGCACUACUGGAGGGUGAGUAACAGCUUCAAAAGACACAAUGGCCCCGUUUGGCCAGAUAAAAUCUACAAUGUAUUUUUAAAAGUUAUUUGUUUGUCUGUUUGCUACGUAUCUGGACACUUAAGAUAUUGUAACCCAAUUUUGAUCAAGGAGCAACCCCUUUCUGUACUUGGAUGGGCAACACUUUGGUUAGGAAGAAGCAAAACAUCACAAAAUGGGGAGUAAGCUUCUGAGUUCUCUUUAUUAAGCUGCUUGGUGAAAAGCAGGGGUGUGUGGGGGGAAAGAGAAAAGCUGGCUUGAUGUUUAAGCCACAGAAGUUUGCUUUUAAUCAGUCGCAAGAUGGAGUCUAGGAGGAGACGGCAGCCUUAAAUGGAUGAGGCUCAAGGAAGUAUUAAGACUGUUGGGAGAGAGGAACACAGAAUAAUUGGUCCCCCGUUAAAAUAUAUGUAUGUCAGCAAUUACCCAGAUCUUCUUUCUCUUUCCCCUCCUCCAGGUUCUCUCUGCAAAAGGAGAGCUCUACCACAUCCUUGACGUGAAUGACCCCAACUGCAGUAACUGGAUGUGCUAUGUGAAUCCGGCUCCCACCCACCCAGCCCAGAACUUAAUGGCUUGUCAGUGCAACCUGGAGAUCUAUUUCUAUACCAUAACACCCAUCUUGGCUGGAGCUGAACUUUUGGUUUGGUACAUGCAUGGGGUACCUAGAGAAUUCCAAAGCUUGCUCUCAGGGGAGCUGGCAACUAAACCAGGUGAGGGCACUGUAGGUGCCAAACACCACACUUGUCAAUAGUUUGAACAGCAACAAUUCAGGCAAGGGCCAUUUUGUUCCAGGACCAGCAGCAGAAACACAUAAAUCUCCUCCUACUCCCCAUCACCCAGCUACAUAUGCUGAGAUGGAAAAAGUUCAUUUUUGAGAAACAGACUCAGAUAUAGCGACAGAGGAGAAAAUCAAUUUUAUGUGCAUUUUUGAUUUGCAGUUCUCAGUAUGUCAGCUGAAAUGUAGUUUUCCUUCUCUGUGCACUUCUCUGAAUUUUGUAAUUCACUUUUCCCCAGCCAAGUGAUGUGUACAAAAGUGCAUAUACUAGGGUAAAGUGUGCAAAAAAAUACAUAUGUUAGGGAAAAGAACAUGCAAAAUGCAUUCUAUUAGGAUAAAUUGCUUUGCAAAAAUGUGUGCCUUUGGAAAAAUUGCAAACAAAAAUGUCUGAGGAACUGGAACCAAACUGCUGAUGGAUUUUCAAAGGACUUUUUAUAUUGCAAUCUGAUGUGGCAAUGUGAAGCACUGGAUUUAAGAUUGGGGAAACUAUUAAUCCAUCUUUACUCAGAACUAGUUUGUCUCAUAGAAUCUGAAAAGAGGUUUUAAAAAUAUAUAUUUGACAUUCUUCAUUUCUUUCCUUUUUUUAAAAAAAGAGGUGAUGAUUGUGGAAGAUAUAUUUAAAGUUUGUCAGAUUUUUUUGUUACUGUUGUAUUUCAUUUCUCUAAGUAAAAAUUAAUGUGUUUCAAGAUAAAGAGCAACAAUUAAAAGUAGAUUUGCUUCUUACUUUGCAGAGUAUCUAAUCUCAAGGGAUUUCCUGGUGCAGCCCUUCCCUGAGAAAGUCAGUAGACCACCACAGAAUGCCUCCAAAGAUGACCAAAAAUGCACAGCUAUUUACACAAAGAUAGACAAGGAUGAGGAAGAGAUAAUUGAUGUUGAAGAGCUAGAACAAGACAUGCCGCCAAGGAAGACAGCAGAAAACCAAAAAGUGGAUUCAAAGGCACAGACCCCUGGGAGCAUGCAAGAACAGGCCACAAAGCUUAACUUUCCCCACAAUGCAUCCAAGGAAGAAGUUGCUUCUGAGAAGCCUGGUCUUCCAAGCCAAAGAGACAUGGGCCCAGAGAGACAGUAUGGCCCCAGUUGCUACCCAUACAACCCAACUACCUCGCUCUGGAAGGAAAUUCCACUCCAUCUCAGUAACCCGUCUUCCUCCUGCUCAGAGUGCCAGUCAAGGAGCAACCUACCCCAGGCUUAUCACUAUGCCUGCAACACCUCAGCUGCCCACCACCCCACAUCUCUACUGGCCCCUCAGACCUUCUCAUUUCCAUUUGAAUUGCCGCUAACAGGUCCUAGAGAAAUCACAUCCCUAAAGUUGUCUUCCCUGGGGAAAAGGCGACCUCCCUCUCCAGGGAUGUCUCAAGCUGUCUUCCCUCCCAUCUUGCCACAUGGAAAACAAGUGGACCAGAAACCACCAAAUCAUUUCUCUUCCCUCCACACCAGAAUCUUCUCAUUUCUGGACUCUGACCAAGGGCACCCUGCCAUUUCACGUGGCUCCGUAGUUCAGCAGCUGAAAACUCCCUCCCAGCUUGCCUGCCAGGAUGAGACCAUCAACCUCAGUACGCCAAAGACCAACCCACCAGAUUCCCAGGAAAGCAGCAAGUCUGCGACGUACCCUCUGGGGAAGAAGAAUGGCAAAAUCAAAUACGAGUGCCAUAUCUGCUCCAAGAGCUUUGGGCAGCUUUCUAAUCUCAAGGUACAUCUGGAGACAUCCAGUUGAGAACAAAUUCAUACCAAUUAUCCUCCCCAUCCAGAAUUGUCUAAUCCUCUCUCCACAUCUUACAUGAUGGCCUAGAUCUGUUUCCUGAAGGUCUGGGCAUGGUGACUAAAUAGCAUCUGCAAACAGCUGGCAAGUACCAGUUUGUACAGUUUGUACGCAGCUGCGCACCCGCCCUAAACACUUGCUCCACCCACGUGCAGUUGCAGUCUAGGUGUCUGUACCUGUGUUAACACUGGACUUUCCAUUGUGACAUUGUGUUUGAUUAUGGCUGCAGAAUUUUAUUUUGGGAUCAGAAUUAUGAGAUGGGGUUGCAGACAUAGCCCAGUAAUAUGCUAGGGGUGUGGGUGGGUGUAGUAAGGGUUCACUCAGGUGUGUGCUCAGUAUACCCAGUGCCGGAUUUACGUAUAAGUUAAACAAGCUAUAGCUUAGGGCCCCACUCUCUUGGGAGCCCCAAAAAAAUAUUAAAGGGAAAAAACCUGGAUGUACAUUUCCAAAAUAUAAGAUAAAAAACAAAUAAAAUUAUGUUCAAAUGGCUUUAGAUACCUAUUAGGUCCAUUUAGUUACCAUAUAGCAUAUAUUCAACACAAAAAACAGUGACAAUUUGUUGUUGACAAAGGACAGCUGGACAUAUAAAGGGCCCCAUUAACUUCAGUAGCUUAGGGCCUCAUCAAACUUAAAUCCGGCCCUGAGUAUACCUUAUUGAAGUUCACAUUGUGACUACCCUUAGAUUCUCUGUUAGUGGAGACCAGCUUAGUAGAUGGGUUUUGGCUGAAAAAAGGAGGGGAACUUCAAAAUGGUGCGGAAUAAUAGCACUUUUCUUUAUUUGCACUCCUUCCUGAUGCACUGGAUGUGGCAUACCCUUCAUUGCAGAUGGAGAUUCUUUGUCUUCAACAUUGCACUUCUUUUAGGGGAAGACACAUAACUCAGUAGCAGGGGAUCUGCCCUGUUUGCGCAAGAUCCCAGGUUCAAUCCAAGGCAUUGCUAGGUAGGGCUGGGAAUGUUCCCUGCCUAAAACCCUGGCCAGCUACUGCCUGUCAGCUAGAUGGGCCACUGGUCCAAUUCAGUUUUAAAGCAGCUUCCUCUGUUCCGAACUACAACUGAACCCUUUUGUUCCCUUCUCUAUGUCUCUCUUUCUUAAAGACACCCUUUUAGGCACCCCUUUUCCCAUCCCUUCCAAGCUCACACUGAACUGUCCUUCUCAUAGAGAAUCAUAGAAUCAUAGAAUCAUAGAGUUGGAAGAGACCACAAGGGCCAUCGAGUCCAACCCCCUGCCAAGCAGGAGACACCAUCAGAGCACUCCUGACAUAUGGUUGUCAAGCCUCUGCUUAAAGACCUCCAAAGAAGGAGACUCCACCACACUCCUUGGCAGCAAAUUCCACUGUCGAACAGCUCUUACUGUCAGGAAGUUCUUCCUAAUGUUUAGGUGGAAUCUUCUUUCUCCUACAGGUCCACCUGAGAGUGCACAGUGGUGAGAAGCCUUUUCAGUGCCAGGUCUGUAAAAAACGUUUCACUCAGCUGGCUCACCUGCAGAAACACCAUCUGGUGCACACAGGCGAGAAGCCACACAAGUGCCUGGUAGGUGACACUUUUCUUUCCUCAUUAAAAGGCCAGGUGAAGUGGGGGGUGGGGAAAGGAGACCAUUGGAGAUGGCCCCUUGGAGAUAUGUGUGUAUGGAAAGGUUACAGCGUUUGGGGCUUUGGGGGGAAAUGGUGUUUAAGGAGGAAAGUGAUAGUGAUAUAAAAUUAUACAUGGAGUGGAGCGGGAGAAGUUUUUUCUCCUUCUCCCAAUAGUCAAUAUGAAUUUGUCCAAACCAUAAGACUGGAAAUAUGGAGCGGGAAGCUGUUAUCUGGUCCCUCAAUACUGGAAACACAGUUGGUAGAUCCUAGGGCCAGGGCCUGGGAUAGUGUCUGUCCAGCUGGUUCACUUUUACACAGGCCAUCAAAUCAUACUUAAUUUUAUCAUUAGCUUAUUAGGCAUAUUAAUAUUUCAAUAUCUAAGUGUAAGAAAUGGAUGCCAAAUCUUUCUUCACAUUUCAGACUUCCUUAAUUCUUUUAUCAUAUAUGAUUGUUGUAUUUGUGUGUUGCAUUUAAAUUUGAUUUACUGUAUCCAUGGCUUUUUUAAAAGUUCUAUAUUUGUACACGGCUUUGGUUGCAUUACAGUGCAGCAGGAAAUAAAAGUCUCAGCAGGCGACAGAAACCUACAAAUUAUCAUGCAAUUCAUCAGUGAUUCAUUGGGGCCACACUGAAUUUGUAAGCAAUUAGGACUAGAAACCAAAAGGAGAAAGCUUCUAAUUAAAGUCAUGUGGGCCUUAUUUCUUCGUAUGGCCACAAGGAAAAGCACUGCUGAAUUACACUAUACUCAGAGCUUGGAAACUUUAAAAAGAAACUAGUUCAACAUCAACAUGUCCAAAAGAGAACGUUCAUGAACAUCCCUUUACAAAACAAACCAGUUCAAUUCACAGGUCAAUUCAAGUUGAUCCAAAUAAUCCUUGCUCAUUUUUUUCCUGCAUUCAGAAUGUUAUAAGUCGCUGCACUGAAGUAUAAAAUACAGUGGUACCUCUGGUUAAGAACUUAAUUUGUUCUAGAGGUCCAUUCUUAACCUGAAACUGUUCUUAACCUGAGGUACCACUUUAGCUAAUGGGGCCUCCUGCUGCUGCCGCACCACCGCCACGCGAUUUCUGUUCUCAUCCUGAAGUAAAGUUCUUAACCUGAGGAACUACUUCCAGGUUAGCAGAGUCUGUAACCUGAAGCAUUUGUACCACUGUAUGCUUAAGAAGACUAAGGGAACAUCAAAAUAUACAUACAGUGGAAUGUAGAUGGUUUAAUCUCCUUUUCCCGAUGAUUAUGUUCUUUAAGUUUAAAGGCCCAAAGAGUCUAACGAGAGAGAGGGGGAAACCACAUGUAAGAGAAUAAACUAGAAAUCAUUCAUAGUUCUAGCCAAAACUGAAAUUCAGUUCACCUAGCAUGUGGGCAGUACUUUCAGGUAUAGUUCAGAGAUUUCUGAACUAAUGUUUGACAAGUAAAGGAGCAAGCUCAAGGCUUAAUAUGAACCGCAUCAUUCUGGAAAUUACGUAGGCACAGAUGAGCCAGUCUAGGGCUUUCUCCUUCCCAUAAUGCACUGGUGCCUGGGCUAACAAGAAACCAAUCUCUCCCCUAGGUCUGCCCCAAACGCUUCAGCAGUACCAGCAACCUCAAAACCCAUCUCCGCCUGCACUCUGGGAUAAAGGCUUACGCAUGCUGCCUAUGCCACAGCCGUUUCACCCAGCACAUCCACCUCAAACUCCACCAGCGCCUCCAUGAUCACCAGCGCCUACACCACUGCCCCCGCUGCCGCAAGACCUACAUCCACUGGGUUAGCCUGGAGGUGCACCGGCGGGGGUAUUGCCCGCUUAACCCGUGUGCCAACUGCUCGCCUGCCCAGCUCUGCCAUUUCAACGACAUGAUUGACCGCUUUGACUUCAGCCCGCAUGCCGACCAGCUGGAGGAGGGAGAGCCUGAUCCUGUCAGGGCUGCUGUGCUAGUGGAGGCCAUCAUCCUGAGGGAAAUGGUGGCAGCUGGUCAGCACAACGCCCUCUGCUCACCAAGCCCCCACAGGCAGUUUGCGUUCUUCCCAGCGAUGAGCUACACCCUUUGUUUUAAGAGAGAGUCUUUGCCAACACAACCAGCCUAAAUGUUGGGCUCACGGCUGCCCCGCCAGUCUGUAAGAGGCAGGAUGGAAGCCUGCUGACUGUGCACAUGCCAUAUACAGUAGUACCUCGGGUUACGAACUUAAUUCGUUCUGCAGGUCUGUUCUUAUCCUGAAACUGUUCUUAACCUGAGCUUUUGCUAAUGGGGCCUCCUGCUGCACAUGCACAUCCCAGGGCAAAGUUUGCAACCAGGAGAUCUACUUCUGGGUUAGCGGAGCUCAUAACCCGAAGCAUUCGCAAGGAGGACAGUUCGUAACCAGAGGUAUUACUGUACGUAUUUAAGACACAUUUAAAGCACAUGACUUGACUUCCCCCAAAGAAUUCUGGGAAUUGUAGUUUGUUUUUUAAAAAAGGGCACUGGGAAUGGCAACUCUGUAAAUGGCAACUACUGUUUCCAGGGUUCUUUGAUGAAAAUGUGCUUUAAAUGUAUGGUGUCUACGUAGCCACUAACUCUGGAAAUAACUCCCAAGAGGCGUGCCUUGAACCAGCCUUGGUGGUUCUUGUUAGUGAUGAUGCCUUUGAAACCCUUUUUUCUUUUCCCAGGCCUUUUACGUGUUUGGGGUUUUUAAUGUUGCCGUUUUACCUUAUUGUAUCGCUCAGCUGUGUCUUGUUUUAUUUCAGUUUUUAUUAUUUCCAUGUUUUAUUGCUUAUAAAUUGUGAUUAUUCUCCUAUUGUAUGCUACUCUGAGAGUCUUUGCUGAAAAGUGGGCUAUAAAUAGCCCAAAUAAAUGAAAGAAUUGAGUUGAUCCAAGACAUUUUGCCCCACCCACGACUGGCAUGCACCUCCUCCCUGGUUCCCCAUGAGGAAACCAUUUGUGCUGGGAAAUGGUCCCACCCCCUGAAUUAAAGGAUAUACAAGCCUAGGACUUUAACCCACACUUCUAAAAAUGCUUUAAUUUCUCUGGUAUUGAGGCAUGGGUAGCAUGGCACAAGGAGC